UAACAAAAAAUAUGGAUCCUAACAUCUAUGCGCUGGUGUUGGAUACUCUUAAUAGAGCCACCAGCCAGGACCCAGAGGUGUUAAAGCCAGCUGAAAAGAAGCUGCAAGAAUGGGAGAUAGAACCUGGCUUCUAUUCAGUUCUUCUGAAUGUCCUCUCAAACCAUUCAAUCGACAUUAAAGUCCGAUGGCUCGCUGUCAUGUGCUUCAAGAACGGGGUAGAUCGCUACUGGAGACGUAAUGCACCAAAUGCGAUCACUGAUGACGAAAAAUUGAAGCUCCGACAAGGAUUGCUCACUACAAGCAUUCUUAAUGAGCCAGUUGCCCAGAUUGCUACGCAGCAGGCUGUGUUAAUUUCGAAGAUUGCAAGGUUUGACUGUCCAACAAAUUGGCCGAACCUAGUGCCAGACCUUGUUGGAGCUCUCAAAGCUCCACAACCACUAGUUCAACAUAGAUCUUUGCUGAUCUUCCACCAUGUCGUUAAGGCUUUGGCGUCGAAGCGUUUAACUGGAGAUAGGAGAACUUUCCAGGAACUAACAAAUACAGUGUACUCAUUCAUUCUAAACCUAUGGCAUGAGAACACGGAAUUGUUUCUCCGGCACAUCCAAGAAGGGGCAGCAACUGAAAUAAUAACAGAGCAUCUGGAAAAGGCUUUAUUGUGCCUCAGGAUAUUGAGGAAACUGACUGUAUUCGGUUUCAAAAAAGUACACGAGAGUCAAGAUGCUGUUGCCUUCUUAAAUGUUGUGUUCGAUAGGGCAAAAACUAGUUUGGAGUGUAGAAAACUCCUAAAAGGCCGUGGUAUCUAUCCUCUAGAACUUUGUGAGAAAUUUAUAAUUCACCUCACAAAAGUGGCUAUAGGCGUCUUGUGCUUCCAUCCGUUCUCCUACGUGCCUCUUAUUCGACCGUCUUUGGAAUUCGCCCUCUAUUAUUGUUUCACCGAGCAAGGCAUGGCGCUGAUAUAUGAAAGAUUCACAAUACAGUGCCUGAAUAUUGUUAAGGGUAUAUUGCAGUGUGUAGAGUAUAAAUUGCCUAAAGGCAUGGAACAGGUUAAAGAGCCAUUAACCCUGCAAGCGCAUCAAACGAAAAUGGAAUUCCUGGACCAAAACACUGUAUGCCACAUGUGCAGACAUUUAGUGACACAUUACUUCCUUUUAUCAUCCGACGAUUUGGCUCUAUGGGACGCCGAACCAGAGAGCUUUGCCACUGAUGAGGCUGGGGAAUCUUGGAAGUAUAGUCUUAGGCCAUGCACAGAAGCGGUAUUCAUAGAGCUAUUCCAAUUCCGCAACAUCCUAGCGCCCGAGUUGGUUCGCCUGCUCGCGUCAGUGCAGCAGCAGAAGAUCGACCCCGAAGACCUGCCUGCUAUAUUGAGGAAAGAUGCCAUUUAUAAUGCUGUCGGUUUGGCUGCCUUUGACUUGUAUGAUGACGUGGACUUCGACGAAUGGUUUACAAAAGUUUUGAGUCAGGAGCUCAAGAUUAAAGAUAACAAUUACAGAAUUAUCAGACGAAGGGUUUGUCAACUUAUCGGACAAUGGUGCGGCGUACGGGCCUCUCAGUCCCUCAGGCCGGCAAUGUACGAGGCCUUGUUGGAGCCUCUGACAUCAUCGACGGAAGACGCGGCGGUGAAGCUGGCAGCGGCCGAAGCGCUGAGGAGCACCAUAGACGAUUUCAAUUUCGACGUGGAACAGUUCUCGCCUUAUGCGCCACAUGCACUUGCCGCGCUCUAUAAUCUCCUGGUGGAGUCGGAGGAGUGCGACACGAAGAUGCACGUGCUGCACGUGAUCUCGUACGUGAUGGAGCGUUGCGGGCCCGCGGUGGCGCGAUCCGGCGGCACGGGCGCGCUGUUCGCCUACCUGCCGCAGCUAUGGCACCACGCCGCCACGCACAACAUGCUGCGCGCCGCGGUGUUGUCCGCCGUCGUGCACCUCGUCAAAGCACUAGGAGAGUGUUCACCAAACGUAAGACCGUGGAUACUAGGUGUGGUGAACGAAGCAACGAAGCUAACUGAACCAGCACACGUGUACCUUCUAGAGGAUGCGUUGGAGUUAUGGCUGGCUAUAUUGGAGACUUCGCUAGUGUGUGACCCGGCCACUUUGCAGUUGGCUGAUAAUCUCUACCCUAUUCUAGAACAAUCUUCCGAACAUCUCCGAAUAGUAGUCUAUAUAAUGCAAGCGUACACCCUUCUAUGCCCUGAGGAAUUCCUCUCAGGACCUGGAGCCAAAUGCAUGGCCCUUCUCGAAGAUAUGUUGGGAGAUAUGAGGACCGAAGGUGUUAUAACGGUGUUGAAGAUGGCCGAAAUCUGUAUAAGCGUUACGUUUCCGGAACGCAAUGCGUUCUUGGGUGUGAAGGUUAUAUGGCCUAUUUUGAUUAGGGUUAUACACUGUCUACUUGAAGGUGACGACCUACCGAUGGUGCUAUCGGUCCAAUUGUGCCUCCUAUCUCGCGUCAUUCUGAUAUCGUCAGAUCUGUUCUACAAAGUCGUUCAAGAGGCAUCGAAUGGCGUGACCGAAUACGAUUCCGAUCCCGCCAAAGUACUGAACAGGAUACUGCACGUUUGGACGGAGAAGAUGAACUUGGUGACUCAGGUCGAAAGGUGGAAGGUUGUGGGUUUAGGUCUUGCGGGAUUACUAACAACGCAAAACGCGGUGGUCCUGCAGAGGUUUGGUGCGAUACUACUGAACCUGACUGAAGUGCUGAACGACGUCAUGAAGCACGAAGACAGUGGCACUUAUGUCGACGGGCUGGUGGCGCCGCCGGGCUCGCGGCCACCGUCGCCGCUGGAGGGCCGCGGGGGCGCGGCGCGCUGGGAGGAGGCGGGCGCGCCCGACUCGGCGCACGAGCAGCGGCGCCGGCGCCUGGCCGCCGCGCACCCUGCGCACUGCAUCGACCUGCGCGUCGUCACGCACCACCAGUUAGAAACGUUGAAGAAUCAAGUGGGAGCGGAAACCUUCGACCGCCUCAUUCAAUCGACAGAUCCGGAGACGUUGCAACAAAUCAGAGAAUAUGUACCGCUCUGA